AUGGCCUCCCGGAUCAGAAGCUACGACUUCCACACGUAUUUCAAUGGCAGCGACAAAAAAGAAACAGAAUUUUGCUUGAAGUUCCGCGACCUAGUUGCUGCUGAAUUCGCAGAGGAACUCGCUUCCGGCAAAAUCCACAUAGAAGAGCCCUGGAACAGGCCCAUUGGCCCUCACCCCAUCAACAUGUGGGAAUUGGAUACCGCUGGAGUAUACGAUCCCGCGUUGGUUGGUCGUCUCAUAGGAUUUUACCAAUUGAAUCAUGGAAAGUUGUCUGUUUUGAUACACCCACGCACCAGUGAUGGAGACUUGAAGGACCAUACAGAAUAUGCCCUUUGGCUUGGACACAAGCAAAGACUAAUGACUGAUAUUUUCACCGAUUAG